GGCUGGAUAUUGUGAAGCCAGGAGAACAUUUAAAAGGAUGUAUUUAUUUUUUUCUUGCUGUUGCUCUUGGUAAAGUAUCCUGAAGACAACUGAGGAGAUUGGCUAUAAGGUGACUUACACAGAAAGAAAUACGUCGGUCAUAACCACUUCCUUGGCUUUGUUGGUGAUGCGUCCAGAUCCCAGCGUAUAUGGAGGACUGGCCUUUGGCGUUACCUCCUAUGACAGAGGGGUGGAUCUCAAGAUCACUGUUCAAGAAAAUCCUUUCAAAAAGGCCUUGGCCUCAGUGUUUUUGCCAAAAUCACUGAAGAAAUUCCUAGGGAUUGAGCACUCUGACCCAAACAAGCAUUCGAAGAUCCAGUUUAAGUUUUUUGGCGCUACUUCACUCUUUGUGGAUGACAAUUUAACGAAGGAGAGGUUGAAUACUUAUGUUGUGAGUGCCAGCAUUGAAAACGCAUCAAUUCAGAACCUUAAUGAGCCUGUGACUAUUACUCUUCAGCACAUAGACCAAAAUAUGGGUAAUGCAGCAGUGCACUGUGUCUUUUGGGAUUUUCAGAGGAACGAUGGACUGGGUGGUUGGAAUACAUCGGGGUGUGAAAUAGAAUAUACAGAUAUGAAUUACACAAUCUGUUUUUGUAACCAUCUUACCCAUUUUGGAGUCCUACUGGACUUGUCCCGGACAGAGAUAGAUAUCGCACAUGAUCGUAUAUUAACUCUGAUAAGCUAUGCAGGAUGUGGUGCUUCUUCCCUUUUUUUGGGUAUAACACUGGUGACAUAUCUAGCCCUUGAAAAGCUGCGGAGAGACAACCCUUCAAAAAUCCUGCUCAAUCUCUGUACCGCACUGCUGAUGCUGAACAUGGUCUUCCUCACCAAUUCCUGGCUGUCCUCGUUCAACCAGCCAGAUCUCUGUAUCACCGUGGCUGUGCUCCUUCACUAUUUCCUUCUUGCAGCUUUCACGUGGAUGUGCCUGGAGUCUGUUCACUUUUACUUGGUUCUUGUCAAAGUUUUCAAUGUUUAUGUCCCAAAGUACAUCCUAAAAUGCUGUAUUGCUGGCUGGGGUAAGUAAGCGGAUUUCUUCUCUAUUUCUGUGCUUGUUAACUUCUCCAAGAUAGGGGCAGAUCUGCAAAAGUAAGUUUGGACACUGAGCUAGUAGAAACGUGGUGCACACCCUGCGCUGUAAGGAUGGAUUUCUUCUCCCUCCCAGGGAGGUUCAGCUUAAGUUUCUUCUGCCAGGGAGACAUUAACAGAAUGUGCCUGUUGCUCCCUGCACAGAUGCAAGGAAAGGUGAAAGUGGGUUUAAGAACUGCUUUCCCUACCCCUCCUGCUCUUUACAGGAAUGAUUUAUCACAGUACCUCAUGUCAGUGGCUGUGCCGGAGGAAGUAUGAGCUGCCCACAGCCUCCCCCCCGGCCCUGGUGAUGCUCAGAGGUGAUUUUGAUCUUCUCCGGGCCUCACGUCCUUACCUGCCAUUCGGUGCAUGAUUCCCCUGCGGGGGGUGGGUUUGGCUUUCAUUCGUAGCUCUCCUGAGGACUUCACUGAUUCACCUUUCCUCCAAGCACUGAGCAUCAGAGACUCAUUUGGGAGAAACAUAACAAAAAUGACCCAAAAGGCUGGCUGAGGUCUUAGAAAAGGUG